AUGUUUUUGGAUGAGCGGAUCGUGACUCUGUUCAAAAGGAAUGCCCAUCACACACUGACCUACUGGAGUGUUUUCUUCAGCUUUGGACUAUGCAUUGCGUUCCUUGGACCUACAAUUUUGGACUUGCAAUGUCAAACUAACUCAACACUCAGUCAGAUUACCUGGGUCUUCUUCGCCCAGCAGUUCUGCUUGUUGAUUGGCAGCUCUAUUGCUGGUGUUUUCGAGAAGACGUUGUUCAGGGCUCUAAGUGCCUUAUUUGUCUCAGCUCUCACCAUCUCUAUAAUAUUUGCCAUAAUCCCGGUGUGCAAUAAUGUUCUCAUGCUCGCCAUCGCUAUGGCUGUGUCUGGGUUUGCGAUGGGCAUUAUUGACACCAUCGCUAACAUCCAACUGGUGACUAUCUAUCAGAGGGACUCGGCUGUUUUCUUACAGGCUCUUCAUUUCUUCAUUGGGUUCGGGGCCCUAGUGAGCCCACUGAUUGCAGACCCCUUCCUCUCAGAGACGGGCUGUGGGAAUCACACAGGGAAUGCGACAGAGACCACAGAUCAUCUCAGGAACAUGCUGAAAAACAGUCCGAUUGCAGGGCACGAUAUAACUCAACUGCCCCACCCAGAGGGAGGGGAAGAGUCCAAUGUGCACUAUGCCUUCUGGAUCAUGGCGCUUAUCAAUCUGCCCGUGCCCCUUGCAGUCCUGUUCCUGAUGUAUCGGGAGCAGCUGAUCCCAUUCUGCCCCAGUGGAACUCCUCGUCUUCUGGACAAAGAUGAAUUAGCAAUGGAGAACCAGCAGGGGGCCGAGGGCACGGAUGUGGAGCAGAAGGAACAUGAAGCUGGAGGUCAUGGGGAUAUCUUCAGCUGCUGUAGGAAUGAUAACCUGAGCGGGAUGCCUGUAUCCUUCUUUAUGAUUCAUAUCCUUGGUGGGGGUGUGCUCUUCAUGACCGAUGGCAUUGUGGGUGCAUACGCCGGCUUCGUGUAUACCUACGGUGUGUCACCACCUUUGUCAUUGCCUAAUAAGACAGCGGGUUACCUGGCCAGUAUAUUUUGGGCAGCCAUCACUGUUGGACGUCUUUUGUCCAUUCCUCUAGCGUACCGUUUCCAGCCUGUGAGACUACUCAUGUUCAGCCUGGCAGGUGCUAUUGUUACUUGCUUGAUGCUGCUUAUUUUCUAUGACAACCGCCCCUUUCUUUUUGCCGGGACCGGUUUAUGUGGGCUUUUCCUCAGCUGCAUAUUCCCCUGUAUGCUCGCCUAUACUGAAGACAUCCUUGAUUAUCAGGGAUGUGCAACGUCAGUCCUGGUGACAUCUGCAGGAAUGGGAGAGAUGGUAAUGCAGGUUGUAGUUGGCUCAAUUAUCCAGAAAGGCAGCUACAGCUUCCCGCUAUGUGGAGUGGUAAUCGCCUGCAUUGGUUUUAUUCUCUUCAUUGCUCUCCUCUUGUUCAGUCGAAUGCACCAAAAUUACCUCACAGGAACAUCGAAAAAGUCCACCAUGGUGGAGGAACCAGCAACAGAGCAGAAUGGAUCUGCAAAAACAGAACAGAAAGAGGAGCCAGAGAGCAGCUGAGAGGAGCAGCAGCUGUGUUUUGUCCUCUACUGGCUACUGUAGAGAAUAAAGUAUUACAACAAUCCAACUUCAAAUAUGUUUU